AUGUCCCGCCUGCUGCACGUAGAAGAGUGGGCUGAAGUGAAGGAGUUAGGGGCCCACCAUCGCCAUCCCCCGCCGCACCACCUCCCGCAGCCGCCACAGCCACCUGCGACCCUGCAGACGAGAGAGCAUCCCGUGUACCCGGCCGAGCUGUCCCUCCUGGACGGCACAGACCCACGCGCCUGGCUGGCUCCCACUUUGCAGGGCAUCUGCACGGCACGCGCCGCCCAGUACUUGCUGCAUUCCCCCCUGGGGAGGAGGAGCGGCGGCGGCAGCGGCAGUAGCAAGAGCCCGGGCCCCGUGAAAGUGCGGGAACAGCUGUGCAAGCUGAAAGGCGGGGUGAUGGUAGAUGAGCUGGGCUGCAGCCGCCAGCGCGCCCCUUCCAGCAAACAGGUGAACGGGGUCCAGAAGCAAAGGCGGCUGGCGGCCAACGCCAGGGAGCGACGCAGGAUGCACGGGCUGAACCACGCCUUCGACCAGCUGCGCAACGUUAUCCCGUCCUUCAACAACGACAAGAAGCUGUCCAAGUACGAGACCCUGCAGAUGGCCCAGAUCUACAUCAACGCCUUGUCCGAGCUGCUUUGCCGGACUCGCUUCUCCGCCCCGGCCUCGGCAGGAGGGUACUCGGUGCCGCUGGACGCCUUGCACUUCUCGACUUUCGAGGACAGCGCCCUGACGGCGAUGAUGGCGCAGAAGAACCUGUCGCCAUCGCUGCCCGGGGGCAUCCUGCAGCCAGGGCCGGAGGAGAGUAGCAAAACUUCGCCCCGGUCUCACAGAAGCGACGGGGAGUUUUCUCCCCAUUCCCAUUACAGUGACUCGGAUGAGGCCAGUUAGGAAGGUGACAGAAACCCCGAACACAGACAGAGACAAAAUCGCCCCUUCCCCGUGCGCGGACAGCCCCGCGGCUAAAGAUCCCCGCACCCUUUUGUGUUUGUGCGGCGACGGUCGUUGUUUAGCAACGACUUGGCUUCAGAUGGCAGCUACAUUUGAUGGUUUGCAA